ACCAUGAAAGGAGUUCAGAAGCCUCCUCUUUUUCUUCUCCUCCAUAUGUCCUUGCUUUUCUUGCUUCCAUUGAACGCCGCCUCAUCACCAAGAACACAGGCAGAAGCUCUCAUAAGCUGGAAGAACGACUUUGCUUCUUCACCGCCUCCUCUCAAUUUCUGGUCCCUCACAAACAUCAACAACCUUUGCAAUUGGACAGCCAUUGUCUGUGACCACAACACCAAAGCAAUUGCCCAAGUUGACCUCUCCAACUUCAACAUCACUGCAACACUAACACAUUUCCACUUCACCCCAUUUCUCAAUCUCACCCAAUUCAACCUCAAUGGCAACAAUUUCACAGGUCCCAUACCAUCCGCCGUUGGCAACCUCUCCAAGCUCACAACUUUGGACUUGGGCAACAACUUAUUCAAUCAAGAAAUACCUGCGCAGAUAGGCAUGUUGACUGAGCUUCAGUAUUUGAGUUUCUUCAACAACAAUCUCACUGGUGUAAUUCCUUCUCAGCUGAGCAAUCUCCAAAAGGUACAGUUUUUUAUUCUUGGAGCAAACUACUUAGAAACUCCUGACUGGUCUGAAUUUUCAGGCAUGCCUUCGUUGACUUACCUUGAUCUUUCUAGAAACCAUUUCUCUUCAGAAUUUCCAAAAUUUAUAUAUGAAUGCCGGAACUUGACAUUCCUCGACUUUUCUACAAAUUUUUUUACCGGGCAAAUAGCAGCUCAGGUAUUUACCAAUUUAGGCAAGCUUGAAUAUCUCAAUCUCACCAACAACCAAUUCCCAGGACCACUGCCAUCAAACCUUCCCGAGCUUAAACACCUUCAUUUAGCACAAAACAACUUCGGUGGUGCUAUUCCUGAAGAUAUUGGCAAAUUGACUCGGCUUGAGGUUCUUGAUUUGUCAAAUAACAAUUUGACUGGAGAAAUACCACCUGAGCUUGGAACAUUUGACAAAUUAACAGGCAUAGCUAAUUUUUACCACUUGGAUCUCAGCAGCAAUUCACUCUCGGGCGCAAUACCUUCAAGCUUGGGAAAGCUCACAAGCUUAAAGGUUUUCAAUGUCUCACACAACCAUUUAUCAGGGGAUAUUCCAUCAGCAUUUUUCAAAAUUCUUAGUCUAGAUAGCUAUGACUUUUCUUACAACAACUUGACAGUGCCAAUCCCAAUUUUGUGCCAUUUCGAAAAUGCACCAGCUAAUGCCUUCGCUGGAAACUCUGGUAUAUUUGGAAAUCUGCAUGGACCAACUGAAUGCAAUCCCUCUAGCAGACUUUCCAAAAAGAAAAAAUUUCUAAUUGGUGUACUUUUACCUGUUUGUGGUUUAUCAUUUGUUGCAAUUACAAUUGCUAUGAUUCUUAUGUUGCGUAAGAAUCCCAAGCUCUUCAUAGAGGAAAUCAAAAUUUCUCAUAACUUUGAGACUUUUGAGUCAAUGAUACUGCAAGAAAAAGUAAAAUUUACGUUUGGAGAAGUUGUGAAGGCUAUAGAGGAUUUUCAUGACAAGUAUUGCAUCGGAAAAGGAGGAUUUGGAAAGGUAUACAAGGCUGAGUUACCAUCAAGCCAAGUUGUUGCAGUUAAAAGGCUUAACAUGUUGGACUCUAAUGACAUUCCAGCAAUCAAUCUCCAAAGUUUCGAGAAUGAAAUCCGAACGUUGACAAAUCUCCGGCACCGGAACAUCAUAAGGCUAUAUGGGUUCUGUUCAAGGAAGGGCUGCGUCUUCUUGCUCUAUGAAUAUUUAGAGAGAGGCAGCCUGGGAAAAGCAUUGUAUGGAAUUGAAGGGGUAACUGAACUUGGUUGGGCUACAAGGCUCAAAAUUGUGCAAGGACUAGCUUAUGCACUCUCUUACUUGCACCAUGACUGCUCUCCACCAAUAGUGCACCGAGAUGUAACUGUCAACAAUGUCUUGCUCGAUUCAGAUUUCGAACCCCGACUUUCAGAUUUCGGAACAGCAAGACUGAUUAGUGUCAAUUCAUCCAACUGGACCCAUAUUGUUGGCUCAUUUGGCUACAUGGCACCUGAGCUUGCAUUCACUAUGAGGGUAACCGAUAAGUGUGAUGUAUAUAGCUUUGGAGUGGUGGCACUGGAAGUUAUGAUGGGGAGGCACCCAGGGGAUAUGCUAGAAUCCCAGCUAUCAGAAUCAUCAAAAUCAAGGAAGGACAAUGCAGAAUUUCUUUUGAAAAAUUUGUUGGACCAAAGGCUGGAGCCUCCAAGCGAUGAAUUGGCAAAGACAGUGGUGCUUGUGAUGAGUUUAGCCUUGGCUUGUAUACGUACGUGUCCGGGGUCUCGACCUACAAUGCUUUAUGUGGCACAAAAGCUAUCAGCUUAGACCAUGCCUUGCCUUCCCGAACCAUUUGGUAUGUUGACCAUCAACAGGCUAAUGGGGCCUACAAAACAAAAAUAGAAGAGAAGUGUGAAACUAGUAGGAGUUUUUCUAUGAUUUUUAAGGUGGGACUUCAAAAAUUUGUGUUUCAUUUUUGAGAUUGACACGGAGUGGGCAAUAAAUUAAAAAUUGUUUGCAAA